CCGGAAGAGAUGUCGACUGGCAGUAAUCCGGGUAAAUAUUCAACACAGGAUGCUAAUUCGUCCCAUGCCUGCCGACACCAUUAAGUGACAACAACCGUUGGUUGACCGGAGCAAAGAUGAAACCGCAAGGUUUACCGACGGCAUCAAGUUUUCGACAUCAAAUUGAGAACCUGUAGCCAUGGAUGUGCUUGGUUCCAAAAACAAUGAAAGUACUUUCCCCAGCUUGGGCGAUCUUGAUGACUUUCUCAAUAAGCACAACUCUAACUUCAUCUGGCUUCUCGUGGCUACCAUUCUGUCCUGUGGAUGGAUAAUAUAUUUAACUUAUUACAACUCCCGCAACAUUGGCCUCAUCCUCACUCUCAUCAUCAACAGACUCUACAAGGAUGGCUACAUUCAUAUUGGCUCCUUCUCCUUCUCUGUGCUGUCAGGAAAAGUUAUGUUCAGAGAUGUUUAUUACAUCAACCAGGAUAUGUCUAUCAGGAUACAGGAUGGCUUUCUCAUUUUCCGCUGGUGGAAGAUGUAUAACCCAAAGCAGAAACAGCAUGACCCCAAGGCAGAGACCAGGCUUUAUGUGACAGUUAACGGCUUCGAGUUUCAUGUCUACAAUCGGACUGAUCUCUAUGCUCGCCUACAAGAGACUUUUGGCCUGGAGCCAACACUUAGCACACCCAAGAAAGAUGAAGACAGAGGACAGGAGGCUAGAAACAAGACCCUGGAACGUGUGAACAUUAAAACAGAGAAUCCAGAUCCGACAUCGUCUUGGCGCUCCCUCAUUCCUGUCAUCAAAGUUAACAUCAGCACGGGUCGGUUGGCAUUUGGGAACCACCACCUCUCACAGACUUUGUGCUUGAACUUUGAGGACGCCUUCCUGACUUACGCCACCAAGCCUCCAUCCAGCCACCUAGAUCAGUACAUGCACAUUGUAAAGGGCUCCCUGGAGAAUGUGCGUGUCAUGCUGGUUCCCAGUCCACGCUAUGUUGGCAUGCAGAAUGAUGAACCACCCAGACUGAUGGGCGAAGGUUUUGUUGUCAUGCAGUCCAAUGAUGUCGACAUCUACUACUACCAAGAUGAGCCAGGUCUGGUGCCAGUCGAACAAGAGAGUGGGGAAGAAGCUGAGACAUCCAGUGAGGAAGAUAAGCUGCAAGACCUCCCUCCAUGCUGGGGUCUGGACAUUGUUUGUGGAAAAGGAACUGACUUCAACUAUGGCCCAUGGGUGGAUCGUCAGAGGGACUGUCUGUGGAAGUUCUUUCUGCCGGCAGACUACCAGGAUAUGAAGGUGACAGAAAUGGCCCAGCCAGGAGAACCUAGGCAGAUCCAGGCGUUCGAGCUGCGCAUGAACAUCAUUGCUGACGCCACCAUUGAUCUGCUUUUUACCAAAAACCGGGAAACCAAUGCCAUCCAUGUGAAUGUAGGUGCAGGUUCUUACCUGGAAGUCAACAUCCCCAUGACUGUUGGAGAGAUUGGCUACUCGCCCACCAUCAAAGGGCAGCUUCUUCAUGUUGACACCACUAGCAGCAUGCAGUACAGGACUCUCCUUGAGGCAGAGAUGUUAGCUUUCCAUGUGAUUGCCAGCUACCCUCAGGUGUGGAACAUGCCUCAGUCGUGGCAGUGUGAGAUUGAGGUAUACAAGGCCACCUAUCACUUCAUCUAUGCCCAGAAAAACUUCUUCACUGAUUUGAUUCAGGACUGGGCGAGUGACAGCGCCCCAGACAUCUACUCUUUUGUUCCCUAUUCUUGGACAUUCAAGAUGCUUUUUCACCAGUUUGAGAUGAUCUGGGCCGCAAACCAGCACAACUGGAUCGACUGUUCCACCAAACAGCAGGAGAAUGUGUACCUGGCAGCAUGUGGCGAGACGCUCAAUAUAGACUUCACUUUGCCUUUCAAUGAGUUUGUUCCAACAACCUGCCAUACCCGCUUCAGCUUGAAGGCGGAGGAUACAGACAUGCGACUGUCUCUGCCUGAGUGCCACCCAAGCCGCUACCCCCUCCUCACCCUUGCCAAAGAUUACCAGAAUGUGAAGCUACCCCCCGACAUGUUCAUGCCAGGGGAGAAUCAAAGUGCCCCCCCUCCUAAAACCACCAAGUCUCGGUGGAGGAAUAUCACCCACGCAGAAGCCGGCUGGGUGGACUGCUGGAGUGUGCCAAACUUCCUGCUGAUCAUUGACUACACCUGGCACCCCAUUUAUCCUCAAAAAGCAGAUGAGCAACUUAAGCAGUCAUUCUCUGAAAUGGAAGAAUCCAUGUUGUCAGCUUUGCGGCCUCCAGAACACACUUCAGCACAUCACAGCCACCCACACUACACGUCUGCCUCUGCCUCAGCUGGCUAUAGCCGAGUACCUACUGACCCCUCGGAGCUUCCACCUGACAGACUUCAUGUGGAGAUGGAGAUGUCCCCGGAUUCCCAAAUUAUCCUUUAUGGGCCUUUACUCCGAGCUUUAAUUGCCAUCAAAGAAAACUAUUUUGGUGAAGAUGACAUGUACACAGACUUUGAAGCGACAGUGUCCAGUCCUGUUUUGUCCACUUCCUCAUCUGGCCUCGGGUGGUCUCCGCUGGGAAUGGAAGACAGUGGGCAUAAGGAAACUUCCGACAUACAUCCUUUGGACCUGCGGCCUUGGGACAUAACUGUGCUCAUCAAUCUCUACAAAGUCCACGGUCGAUUACCUAUGCACUGCAGCAGCGAAGGACCAGAAGGUCCAUCUGGAUUUUUGGAGCGGUUAUGUUUUGAAAUGAAGAAAGGUUACAAGGAAACAAUGCUUCAGCUACUACUAUCACCUAUUCACAUUUUCAUUAGUGACAACUAUCAGCGUCCAACAGCCGACACGGUGUUGAGGGAUGGACACCUCAGCCUGUCGGGCCUGCAGAUGAGGGCGCACGCCAUGUUCUCUGCCCAGGGGCUGCCACUCGGAAGUGACACCCUGGAGUACGCCUGGCUCAUUGAUAUGCAGGCAGGGGGUCUCACUGGCAGGGUGACUGUUCCACAGGUGGCCUGCUUGUUAGAAUGGGGGGAGACAUUCCUUUUCCAUGUGGUGUCUCGCGAGUUUCAGCUGGACCAACCAAAGCCCUCUGUCAUCUGCCAGCAUGGCACUGACCGUCGCAUCUGUGAUGCUAAGUUGACAUGCUUACCAGGUCACUGUCGAACAUCAGAGGAGCUCAAGUACACCAUGACGCGAUUGGCCAUGGAUGGAGUGGACCUUUUCAUUGUUGAACAUGGCUGUGCGGCCAACAUCAAAAUGGGUGUUGUUCGUGUGGCCAACUGCAACCUUCACAACCAAGCAGUGGGAGAGGGCAUCAGUGCUGUGGUGCAGGACGUGAACAUUCGACAGUACAUUGAGCAGCAGCAGCACAGCGAGGCAAACAGGCCGCCGCCAGCUGGGCAGGGGCAAGGUCCAGGUGUUCCUCCAAGUCUGUGCCAACCCCCAGUGCUGCGACGCUCUGUCUGGCUGGAGGCAGGCUCAGUCAACCUGAACCUCAUUACAGCAGACAUUGCCCUGGCCGCUGACCACUCAGCCAAAUGUGAAGUCCAGCGGCAUUUUCUGGAGCUACAUGAUGCACAGACCAAAAGACUUUGGUUCCUGUGGCCAGAAGAUGCGGGUAUUCGAAACAAGCGCAGCAGGAAUCGCUGUGGCUGCCUUGGAGGCUGUCGGUUCUUUGGAGGAACCAACAUGGGCCUGGACUUCUUCAAACUUGAAGAGAUGACACCCUCCUCCUCGUCGGCGUUCUCUUCCUCCAGUACUGAGUCCGACAUGUGUUAUGGUCAGUCUUUGCUUCACCCUGGGGAGUGGAUUAUGACCAAGGAAACACCAAAAGUGGAUGGAAGGGUUGUUGGACUGAAAACCGAUACCCACUCACCCUGCUUGCCUCCUGAGGUGCCUGAGAGGCGUGGUCAACAGCACCUAAGUCUCCAGGUACCCCAACGCUCUCAUAGCUCCGCAUCCUCCUCUGAAGAGAAUAGUUCCUCUAGUGCGGCAUUGCCCUUACUGGCUGGAGAAAGGGACACGCCCUCGCCAAGUGUUGAGCAGCGCAUGUUUCCUGUGAAUGGCAAAAGUCCUGUUGACACUUUUCGGGAUAUUCCAGAGGUUUCUCCUAUUUCACCCAACAACGCUCAGGAACGCUCUUCAGUGCGCUCACCUCUGUGCUCUCCCCUCAAGCGCCAGUCCUCUGUACACUCAGGCCGAUUAGGCAGCACCAAGAGCCUGUCAGCUGCUGUCUUCAAUGAGAAGCCUCCCCCAGUAUUAUCUGGAGGUGUCCAGUUUAGCUGUGAUGUUUCCCGCAGUGACGAGAACGUCCUGGAUUCACCACGGCAGCGUCGGAGCUAUGGUUCCUUCCCGUUCACACCUUCAGCAGACUCCAACACCUUCCAUCAGUACCGCUCCGCCGACUCCAGCAUGUCAGUGGCUGAUAGUGAAGCCUACUUCUCUGCUGCUGAAGACUUUGAGCCAAUCAGCAGUGCUGAUGAGGGUCCGGGGACAUACCCGGGCCGCAAAAAGAGGAGGAGGCAGCAGAUGCAACAACCACAGCAGCCCCCAUAUUACAUAGAGAACUACAGCCGGACUUCCAUCUACCACAGUGUUGAGGGUCCUCUUGCUUACAUUCUCAAUGGGGAGCUUAUCACUGAGUCCCGUCCACUGCCUCUGCCACCAAUGUUGCCCCCACUGCCUUCCCAGCCCCUUCCGAGCCACAUAUCCCAGGCCUCCUUUGUAUCUGCCCUGGCCAUGGAGGAAGAGAGCUCAGUGGAAGCAGAGAAAACAGCCGAGCCUGGCCCAGUAACCCGACAGCCCCACGUGAUGGCGUGCUACCAAAACUACCUGGCCCACUACCAGGUUUCCAAUUGGUCUGUCAAGCAGCCCACCAACAAGAGAACUUCCAAGUCUUCUCUGCACCGCCCCUUAGAUCUUGACACACCCACAAGUGAAGAAAGCUCCGCCUCCUUUGACCAACUGUCUGUUCCAAGCUUUAAGGUGACCAAACAGGGCCUCUCAGCCAGUUCUCUGUUAGAUAGAGGACUUCACUUGAUGGGAGACAACAACAGUACUCCCUAUACUCCCUUGGAUAAGAGAGCUAUGGAGAAUACUGAUGAGGAUACAACGACAGAUGAUUGGACUUUGGAGCAGCCCUUAGCUCAGACCCGGACCACAGCGAUCGUGGAGGUGAAAGGACCCAUCAACGUGGUUCUGACACCCCUUGUGGCUGAGUCCCUUGACAGGUACAUUGAGUCUAUGGUCCACUUUGCCAGCAUCCGCCAUCCUGCAGCUAUUUUAGAUGACCUGCAUGGGAAAGUUCUUAACGAGGCCUAUCAGAUCAGCAAGUCCACAGUCACUGAAUCUAGCCAAGCAGGCAAACAAGAGCACAAGCUUUCCAAGACAGAGGGCACGACCCACGGCUCUCUCAAUAUCUCCCACGGCCAGACUGACCUGUCUGUCAAACCGGAUAAUGUGAAAAUCAAGGGUCUCCAAGCCAACGUCUCCAUCCCAAAGGUGAACCUUUGUCUCCUGCAGGCCUCUGUAGAGGAGGGUUCUCCAUCCAGCUCCAGUAAAUGCGUCACACACGUAUCUCUUGUGGCACUGUGCUUUGACAGGAUUGCCACCCAGUUCAGAAUGAACAGGGGCAUAGUAGAAGAAACCCCAAACACAACUGAUCAUGGCAGACCCUCUGUUAUGUUGGAGAAGUACGCCUCUGCCACUAAGAUGCAACCUCAGUCAUCUGGCUCAUUACGUUCUAAUGCUGGCAUUGAAAAAGGCAAAGAAAUAGCUGCCAGGCUCAACAUCCACCGUAUCCACAGCCAGUUGAGAGGCCUUGACUCCACAGACAUUGGCACUUGUGCCAUCACAGCAAUCCCAACGGAGAAGUCCAAAGUGUUGUUUGGUCUGGAAGAAAUGGAGGAUUUUUCACUAGUAGAUGAGACUGACAUACAUGCCAGCACAGGUGACCUUGGCCGUUCCACCAUGUCUCUUGAGAAAUGGGGCUGGAUCAUGUUUGAAUGCGGCAUUGAGAAUCUUACAGUCAAAGGGGGCCGUCAGUCAGGAGCCAUUCUGUACAAUGCAUUCGGCGUGAUGGGCCACUUAGACACUGGGGGCAAAACUGGAGUACCCAACUCUAAUGGCUCAACAGGUUCUCAGACCGGGAGUGGUUACAGUACUGAUGCAUCUGAUGACAACUUACCACGUGAUGCUGUAAGCCCCCCCUCUGAUGUCAAUGAACACUCUGACUCAGAUGACCAGGAUGAAGGGGUUGAGUCAGAUGACCUAAAGAAAGACCUCCCGCUGAUGCCUCCACCACCUGACUCCAGCAGCAUGAAGCUGACCAUCCGGGAGAUCUGGUUUAGUUUUGCUGCUCCUACAAAUGUCAGAUCACCUUCACAGGCCAUCUCCAGGCAAUUGAAUCUUCUCAGCACUGCCACUCCAGCCAUUGGAGCCUGGUUGGUUCCGAUUGACCAGCUCAAAUCUUCUCUACACAAACUGGACAUGGAGGGUACGCUGCGUGUGUGUGCAGUCAUGGGAUGCAUCAUGACUGAGGCUUUAGAGAAAAAGAGCAUCCACAUCCCGUUCCGAAGCAAGUACAAUCGUGUGACGAAGCGAGCUCGCUACUUGCACGAAAAUCCCUCGUGUAUGCUUUGCAAUAUUCUUCACCGCUACUUACAACAGGCAGAUUAUUCUGUCAUAGAAGAGGCGACAAUGAAUGAUGGCGUCCCGGCCUUAGUGACCCUCAAAAAGGGUCUUGUGGCGUUGGCCCGGCAAUGGAUGAAAUUCAUUGUGGUUACUCAGGGCUUCAAGGCUAUUGGUCUGAUGAGACCCAAUCAGCUUGCUAAACCCAAGGAACCUCAGCAGGCUCUUGCUGAAACAGUCUUCGGCUUGGACAACGGUGCUGCACUGCAAAGUGAUACCAGUGGUGAUGGAGCUGAAUUUGAAUAUGAUGCAGCCGCAGUGAGUGAACACACCAUGUUACUGGAGGGAGCGUCCAGUCGUCCACCACCAAAAGAGGGAAACUCUGGUCCAGUAAGUGGAGUGGAGAUCAUGAGGAAACUCUCCAAGUCCCACACACACAGCGAGUCUGCGCUACGAAUAAAGGGCUCUCACCCCUACCAAUCUUUGAGCUACACCAGCGGUGACACAGCAGUUGACUCACCAGCUCAUGUGAGCCGCAUGGGCCUACCAGUCAAGGACAGCCCCAGAAAAGAGAGUCUCCUGAGCAAUUUAACAGGGAGCUUCCGCAGUCUUCACAACCUGCUGGAGGGGACGCCCCAGAGGAAUGAAUCAUCUGUUGCCACAGCAGCCAAGAGCAGCUCCCUCACUCGUACAGGGACAGAAAUGCUGACUGAGCACCCACUACUGUCUGAACCCUCCUCGGUUAGCUUUUACAACUGGAUGUCUAAUGCUGUCGGUAACAGGAGUGGAGCUGCAGUCCAGGAAUCCCCAGUCAACCGCUCCCUUCACAAUAGCCUACAGACAGGUGGGACCUGUAACCUACCAACUAUCCCGUCCGCUUCAGACUUCAACACGGUAUUGUCCAGUGACCAGAACACUUUGGAUGGGACCCACUCCCAGCAUUCCCAGCAUAGCACCAGCCAGGAUGACAUCGAUAAUAUUGAAGAGGGCAACCUGUGUCCGGCUGCUGUUCAACUGGCUGAUGCUCAGGUUGUUUUCAAGCCUUUGCUGAACUACACGGGCAUCCAAGCCCAAGACGCAACUCCUCUUAGCUACAAGAUGUAUUUUGGAGAACAUCUGUCUUUUUCAGGCAACCUGGAGUGUCUGAGAGCAGACAUUGUGGACUCUGACACCUCCAAAGAGCGCAAAAACAAAAAAUCCAGAAGACAAGGUAUGGUGAACCUGCCACCACUUGAUUUCAAGCCAGCCCUUCUUAUUGAGACUUUCAGUUUGAAUGCGGUGGUGAUGGAAAAGUCCACCAGCGCUCCACAGGGCCCAUCUGCAGUUCCACUCUCCUUCCACGACCUGAAUCGACGACACUUCAACACAUUCCACUGCGAUUUCACCACAGCCUGCCAGUCUAUUAGCCAACGUGUCGACAUGGCUCUAGUGCGCCUCAUUCACCAGUUCAGCACCAUGAUCGACGACAUCAAAGCCACUCAAACAGACAUCAAGCUUAACCGUUACACUGCUGGUUCAGCCUCACCAACGCCGACCUUCAAAGCACGACCCUACCGCCAUUUCAGGUCAUCCGACUUCAGCCGCAGCUCACGUGGUAGCCUCAAUGGGACACGUAGUGGCACUCAAACCCUUAAGAGCAAAAGAGGUUUUGGCGGUGGAGGAGCAGGGGUUGUUGGGGGUUUACCACCUAACGGACCACCAUCAGCCAUGGACACGCUAGGGAGAAGGGAGCACAGGGGACGUGGCUCGCUUGGACGUUCAGAACGUCGCACCUCUAAGGUGUCAAGAAAGGGCUCCCGUGACGUGGCAGACCACACGGCUAUCCAGAUGGACGACUCGGACUCCAUCACAGUGUCGGAGCAGAGCGAGCCGUCAGCAGAAUGUUGGCAGAACAUGUACAAGCUGCUCAACUUCUACUCACUCAUCUCAGAUCCCACAGGCAUCCUGGAGAGAAGCUCUGCAGAGAACUGUCUGCCAGAAGGUGGCCAUCGGCCCUCAGAGCCACUCUGUAACGUGAUCUUUGAGAAUGAACAACAGGAACCCACCACGCCCACAAGGCCCCCGGUUGCAGGCGGAAGGCGGCGAAGCCUGGUGAGCUCCGAGCCCCAGCACGUCACUCUCAUAGUGUUUGGCAUUGGCAUGGUCAACCGCACCCAUCUGGAAGCAGACAUCGGGGGACUCACCAUGGAGGCCGAACUGAAGAAGAUCCAUGGCAGUUUUACCCUCAAGGAGAAGAUGAAAGAUAUCCUACAUCAGAAAAUGACUGAGACGUGUGCAUCAGCUCACAUUGGAGGAGUGAACAUAGUACUGCUGGAGGGCAUAACACCAGACAUUCAACUGGAGGAUUUCCCAACAUCUCCUACCAGCACAGCAAAACAAGAGUUUCUAACCGUGGUGAAAUGCAACAUUGCCAAGUCUCAGGCCUUGUACAGCGCCCAGCGCGGGCUUAAAACGAACAAUGCAGCUGUCUUCAACGUGGGAACCAUCAUGAUCAACAUCCCCCAGCACCCGGCUACUCUGCAUAGCAUGAUGGUCCGCAGCUCCCAUCAGCUCUCCAAACAGAUCUCUGACCUCAUCCGCCAGCCCUCCAAUGUUCAACCUCCCAAUAGAGAGGAGACGCCCACCCCACAACCCUCUGACAAAGGAUCAAGCAUCAAUCAAACGCCUGUUGAAGCCAACGAGUUCCCCCAGCUUCCAGAGGGACUCGAAAAGAAGCCCAUCGUCCUCAAGUUCAGUGCCAUGAUGGAUGGCAUCACCAUCGGUGCCGCCCUGCUACCGUCGUUGAAAGCUGAGUACAAAAUGGGUCGAAUGAAAAGCCACGGCAUGACAGGGGCUCAAACCAGCUUCACCUUUGAGUUGCCAAAUCACAAGCUUUGCUUCCAAUCAAAAGUGUCUCCAGUGGACAUGUCCACCAUGCCCCCAUCAGCUAGCCUCACCCUACCCCCAGUCACCAUGUCUGGAGAAUACAUCAUGGAGGACCACGAGAGUCACUCAGACCAGGGCUGGGGUGCUGAUGACUUCCCAGCCAAGCAAGGGAAUUAUCUCCAAGGCAACUACCUGCGCUGUGUGGCUGAGAUUGGCUCUUUUGAACACAACCUGACCACUGAUCUGCUAAACCACCUAGUUUUCCUACAGAAGGUUUUCAUGAAGGAGGUCAAUGAAGUCAUCCAAAAGGUGUCAGGGGUGGAGCAGCCUAUCCCACUUUGGAAUGAGCAUGACACCUCAACAGAUGCAGACAAGCCCAAAAUACUGCUUUAUUCUCUUAGCCUGAUGUUCAAGGGGAUUCAGAUGACUGCCACCACCCCAUCAAUGCGGGCCGUGCGCUUUGAGACAGGCCUGAUAGAGCUGGAGCUAUCCAACAGGAUCCAGUGCAAAGCUCAGCCCGGUGGGAGCAGCAGUUACCUGAAACUCUUUGGCAAGUGUCAAGUCGACCUCCACCUUGCCCUUGGACAAAUUGUCAAGCACCAGGUAUAUGAAGAGGCUGGCUCCGAUUUCCACCAAGUGGCAUACUUUCGGACCCGAAUUGGUCUGCGAAAUGCUGUACAGGAGGAGAUCAGUGGCUCAUCUGACAAGGAGGCUGUUCUCAUCACACUCAACAGGCCAAUCGUUUUUGCCCAGCCAGUGGCAUUUGAUAGAGCUGUGCUGUUCUGGCUGAAUUACAAGGCAGCAUAUGACAACUGGAAUGAACAGCGUCUGGCCCUUAACAAGGACAUCCAUGUGGCCACAAAAGAGGUGGUGGACAAGCUGCCAGGGAUCCAACAGACCUCAGCCCAAGCCUUCAGUACCCUUUUCCUUCAGCUGACUGUCAAUGACCUGGGCAUCUGCCUACCAAUCACCAACACAUCCCAGGCAAACCACAGCAUAGAUUUUGACACCGGCUCAGCUCUUGUCUUAACUAUUGAGAGCACAUUGAUCACCGCCUGCUCAUCUGAGUCCUUGGUCAGCAAAGGCCACUUCAAGAAUUUCUGCAUCCGCUUUGCAGAGGGCUUUGAGACCUCUUGGGAUGACUGGAAGCCUGAAAUCCGAGGCGAUCUGGUCAUGAAUGCUUGUAUAGUUCCUGAUGGUACAUACGAAGUGUGUUCCAGGACCACGGGGCAGCCUUCUGCUGAGAGCAGUAGUGCUGGUACAUGGACGCUGAAUGUGCUUUGGAAAAUGUGUGGCAUUGACGUUCACAUGGACCCCAACAUCGGAAAGCGCCUCAAUGCUCUGGGAAAUACGCUGACGUCACUGACAGGAGAGGACGACGUAGAAGACAUUGGCGACCUCAAUUCCGUCAACAUGGCAGACCUUUCAGAUGAAGAUGACUGUGACACUAUGUCACCCACCAUCCACUUGGAGACAAUUGAUCCCAGAAGGCAGAUGCUGAUGGGAAACCAGGUGGUUGACGCUCGUGGCAGGAAGUUUACCAAGAGGGUAGUGGAUAUCCGAGAGCUAAACGAACAGGCCAAGGUCAUCGAUGACCUCAAGAAAUUGGGGGCAAGUGAGGGCACUAUCAACCAGGAGAUUCAACGUUAUCAACAGCUGGAGUCUGUGGCUGUCAAUGACAUCAGGAGAGAUGUCAGAAAGAAGCUACGUCGUUCCAGCAUGAGGGCGGCCUCUCUAAAGGAUAAGUGGGGUCUUGGCUACAAACCAAGCUACAACCGCUCCAAAAGCAUCUCAACAGCAGCAGGUCGACCACCUUUAAAAAGGAUGGACAGACAGAGUUCCAGAAUAGGAGAUGUGGAUGACUUCCCUGAUGUCCGAGUGGAUGCAUCCUCUCCUGGACCCAGAGUCACUUUCAACAUUCAGGAUACGUUUCCCGAAGAGUCAGAGAUGGACCUUUUAUCAGUCACCAUCGACGAUCCAUCCCAUCCUCAUCAACAUCACCAUCUUCAUUCUUCAUCUGUAAUUGGAGACCAGUGCUCAGUGUUCAGUGCUCCUUGCACCCCUGCUGUCCUCUCACCCACGAUUCCCUUCCAGCACGAUGACAUGCGGCGAGAUGACCUGUCCUCGUCUUCCUCUGAAGACUCGGAAAAGGAGGACGAGUUUGAACGUGAGAGACCCCUGAGCUAUCGAAGACCUUUUCAAGCUCCUCACAGGAAAUCGUCAGGCUUUUCGGCAGUAAGUCAGUUGUUCAGCGAGCGUUGGCCAAGUACACCUGGCAGUCGGAGUUUCAGUGGCCCAACAACUGAAAGAAACAUCGACUUUGAGCUUGAUGUUCGUGUGGAAAUAGACAGUGGGAAGUGUGUUCUUCAUCCGAGUACUCAGCAACCUGAGCAUGAGGACAUUUCUCUCAAGAGGAGCUGUGAUCGCAGCCUGAGGAGUCUAGACCAGGAAUCUCCUCCCAAGAAGAAAAAAUUGCAGCCCGCUUAUGUGUCCACUACACAUCUCCUAGCUGGCAAGAAAUGUCCCUCUUCCCUGCAGACCAAAUCCAACGACCUAGAGACCACAGUUUUCUAUAUUCCAGGAGUGGAUGUAAAGUUGCACUAUAACUCCAAGACCCUUAAGACCGAGUCGCCUAAUGCCUCACGUGGAUCCUCCCUCUCGCGCACUCUCUCCAAAGAGUCAAAGCUGUAUGGUAUGAAAGAUAAUGGUCCUCCAAAUGCUGUCCAAAGCAAGACUAACUCACUCCUACCUCCCCCGCCCCCACCUGUUUCAUCAGCCAAAGGUAAGGGCAGUGGAGGGGUGAAAACAGCCAAGCUGUACGCCUGGGUGGCCCUCCAGACACUGCCAGAGGAAAUGGUCAUCAGCCCUUGUUUGCUUGACUUUUUGGAAAAAGCACUAGAAACCAUUCCGAUCACCCCAGUGGAACGAAGCUAUGCAGUUGUGGCGUCCCAGGAAGAGGACAUGGGACAGUUUGAUACAGUGGAGCCACUGGAGGAAUCAACCACCUCGCUGGUUUCUUCCUCUACAUCAGCAUAUUCUUCUUUCCCUGUGGAUGUAGUUGUCUAUGUCAGAGUUCAGCCCUCUCAGAUUCGUUUCAGCUGCCUGCCCAUGUCCAGAGUUGAAUGUAUGCUCAAACUUCCCUCGUUGGAUCUGGUCUUCUCCUCUAACCGCGGUGAAUUGGAGACCACAACUGGAGCUCAUCCAAAUGAUGGGUCACACCCACCCUCCUCCACUCCACCAGCGCAACAUAUCCCCAAACUGCCUCCUAGCAAAGCCUCUCCGUUACUGGGCAGCCCUCUGGGCAGAAGCCGCCAUAACAGCAGCCAGUCAGACCUGACUGGGCCCCCAAGUAACUCCUCGGGUCUGAGCUUUACUGCCUGCAUGUCUGAUUUCUCCCUCUAUGUCUUCCACCCCUAUGGCGCUGGAAAGCAAAAAUCUGCUGUCACUGGCCUACCGCCCGGCCCAAGCCCAUUAGGGACGGUAGAUGAGGAGCCAUCGUCUGUGACGGGAAGGAAGGACUCUCUGAGUAUUAACCUGGAGUUUGUUAAAGUCAGCUUAUCUAGGAUGAGGCGUACAGGAGGCCCCACAUUUAUAGAAAGCUUCAUUCCUGGUAAAGGCGGUAAAAUGGACACCACCCUCAUCAACAUCUCAGCUGUCUGCGAUAUUGGCUCAGCUUCCUUUAAGUAUGACAUGAGACGACUGAGUGAGAUCCUGGCCUUCCCAAGAGCCUGGUACCGCCGAAGUAUUGCCAGGCGCCUCUUUCUUGGAGACCAGACCAUCAACCUACCAGCCUCUGGCCCCACCACCCCUGACUCAGCUGAAAACAUGACUCAGCAUCUGUCCCCCGAGUCCAGCCGCAAAGCGUACUGGAGAACGUGGGAUGGCAGUACUGGGACGCACAUGCCUCAGUCCCCCAACGUUUUCUCUGAGCACUCCACUGGAAGCAACAUGUCCCCAGGUGGCCUGGGUCACCUCAAGUCUCCUGCACCCGGUCGUAGCAGGAGCGUGUCCGAUUCUUCUGCACCGAGAAGAGAUUCAGUGACAAAAACAUCAACGCCCUCAUUCAGUAAAAAUGGUAAAGCAGCAGGCCAGCAGGGGGCACCGUGGGAGACACUGGUGGUGUUUGCCAUCAACUUAAAACAGCUCACAGUCCAAAUGAACAUGAGCAACGUCAUGGGAAACAACACCUGGACAACCAGUGGUCUGAAAAGCCAAGGCCGUCUAUCUGUGGGUAGCAACCGCGACAGAGAGAUCAGCAUGUCUGUCGGCCUGGGACGCUCCAAGCUGGACUCAAAGGGUGGUGUGGUGGGUGGAAAUAUAGAUGUGAACACCCUGGAGAUGGUCUCACACAUCUCUGAACACCCAAACCAGCAACCCAGCCAUAAAAUCCAGAUCACCAUGGGCUCCACUGAGGCACGAGUGGACUACAUGGGCUCCAGCAUCCUAAUGGGCGUGUUCAGUAAUGCUGACCUGCAACUCCAAGAUGAGUGGAAAGUCAACCUGUGCACUGUCGAUUCCAGCAUAUCUGAGAAAAGUGAGAUAUUUGUCCAUGGGGACUUGCAGUGGGACAUUUUCCAGGUGAUCAUUUCACGCUCCACUACACCGGACCUAAUCAAGAUCGGCAUGAAGUUGCAGGAGUUUUUCACGCAACAGUUUGACACCAGCAAGCGGGCGCUCUCUACAUGGGGGCCUGGCCCCUACCUGCCUCCUAAAACCCCAGUCAUCAACACAGAGAAAGGAGCAGCAGAGCUUUACAUGGAUGCAGCACAUCACCGCCACUGGCCCGGGGUGCUGAAGGUAAUCGCGGGCUGCCACAUAUCCCUCUUCCAGAUGCCUCUACCCGAGGAUGCUGUGCAGCUAGGCGGUUCAAUGAGCCUGCAUGGCAAUCACAUGACCCUGGCCUGCUUCCAUGGACCCAACUUCCGGUCCAAGUCGUGGGCCCUUUUCCACCUGGAAGAGCCCAAUAUCGCCUUCUGGACAGAGGCGCAGAAAAUAUUGGAGGAUGGUUCCAAGGAUGAUUCCACGUACAUCGUGCAGACGUUGGACUUCCAUCUUGGUCACAACACAAUGGUGACCAAACCGUGUGGUGCAUUGGAAAGCCCGAUGGCCACCAUAACCAAAAUAACCCGGCGGCGUCAUGAAAACCCUCCACACGGAGUCGCAACUGUUAAAGAAUGGUUUAACUAUGUCACUGCCAUGAGGAAUGAAGAGUUAAACUUGUUAAGGAAUGUGGAGGCGAACAACCAAGAGAGUGGAGCUGCUGCCAAGAGCUCCAGUCUGCUGAGCAGCUUCCGCAGCAACUCCAGCUACAAUCACGAGACGGAGACCAUCUUUGCUCUUCCCAGAAUGCAGCUGGACUUCAAGUCCAUCCACGUGCAAGAUCCUGACGAACCUUCUCUGUUAGAUUCCAACAGCAAACCAAAAGUGGAGUGCAGCGUGGUGACAGAGUUCACAGACCACAUCUGUGUGACAAUGGACGCAGAGCUCAUCAUGUUCCUGCACGAUAUGGUGUCCGCCUACCUGAAGGAGAAAGAGAAAGCCCUUUUUGCCCCAAGAAUGUUUGCGGCUCGGCCAGGCCAGAGGAGCCCCACGGCCCUGCACGAUGACGGCACCACAGGGAAGGACAACGACGACAGCAUCAACUACACUACGGUGGACUGGAGGGAGUUCAUGUGCAACACCUGGCACCUGGAGCCCACUCUCAGGCUCAUCUCCUGGACAGGCCGUAAGAUUGACCCGGUGGGCGUGGACUACAUCUUACAAAAACUGGGCUUCCACCAUGCCAGAACGACCAUUCCCAAGUGGCUGCAGAGAGGCGUGAUGGACCCACUGGACAAGGUGCUGUCUGUGCUUAUCAAGAAGCUGGGCACAGCCCUGCAGGAUGAGAAGGACAAGAAAGGCCGGGAGAAGGAGGAGCACUUGCACUGAUGACAGUACAGAACUGUAUCUGACACAUCCUUGGGGUCAAACCGCACUGGAUUGCUUUCGGAACUGACCAAACUGAACUUCCCAUGGCUGCUUACUGCAGCGCAUCCAUAGAUUUCAUCAUGUGUAUAUUUUGAAAAGAGUGGCAAUGAUGCCAUCAUUUGAUUGCUUUCAUGAUUGCAACCCCGCUUCUUCUUCUAAAUGACGUCACUUGAACGUUUUUUUUUUUAAUGCUUUCCAAUAUCUCGUGAGAAAUGAUUUCUUCAAAUAUUGCCUUUUCUUUGUUUCCCAUGGAACACAUGGUAAAUGAUGCUUUAUGUAUUUUAUUAUGUAUUUAAUGGAUUUUUUUCCUAAUGUGAACAAACGAACACUGGCGCAUUUGGGACAUGACCUUGCGACAUUAUGAAUCGGUAACUACUGUUUGAAUCAACAUUAUUUAUGGUCAUGUGAAAUGGAAAUUCUUUAUUAUGAAUUAGCUUGGUGCGUCAAGCGUCUUUUUGUCGUUUUUUUUUUUUAAAUCCAUAUUGUAGGCAGUGUAUAUAAUACAAUUUCAUAAAUGUGUUGGUUUCCUAACUUAAUAAAAUAAUGACAUUGAAUUUUAAAUAAAUC